AUGAUCCGACUGAACCCCACAUCGAUCCGCCUGCGGCCCGCAGACGUCAAGGCGCUGCAGGACGAGUUGGAGCGGCAGCGCGAGGCUGCAAAGGUCCAGGCCCAGGCCGGCGUCCAGGCCAGUGGCAAGCCCACCACGAGUGGUGGGACGCAUGGGCGGCGUAAGGAUCGCGAUCGCGAGCACAAUGCGUCGUCAAGGUCUCGCGCGUCGCGUACCAAUCAUAACAACACCAACCAGAAUGCACCGGUGGCGGCGGCCGACCAGGCUGUGGAGGAGCGCCGGCGGCGGCGCGCCGCCAUGACUGCACAGGAGCGCAUUGGGUAUAUUUGUGAGUUUGCCGAGUUUGGGCAGCGCUGA